AAUUAUCAGUAGCCAGGCCGCGCUAGUGUCGUUAGGUGCUCACCAGCCGCACACACAGACCACCAAACCACCACCAAACAACCACCGCGAUGUACGUUUCAUAAAACCUUCUCUGAGCGGCGUUGGUCCUUGGACCUAUGGUAGUGUUGCAUGUCGCCUACACAACGAGAUGAUGACAUCGGUCACGUUGCCCUCCAGUUCAGGUCCCAACAUACACGGCGGCUUCAGCGACACGGCCACCGCCGCCGCCGCCGCAGCAGCGGGCGACUUCGAGCCGCCGCGCCCGCCAAAGCGCUGCCUCUCCACGCCGCCCGCCGACACGUGCAAGAAGCGCCGCAAGCAGGCGACGCCCGUGCGCAUCUCCGCCACCGACUCCCCGCCCGCCGCAGAAGGUAAGCCGCCGUCCCCCGAUCGCGAGUCCUCGCCGUCAGAAACGCCACUACAAUGUCCCGUCUGCCAACUGCUAUUCGCCGCCGCCGAUCAACUGCGGGCGCAUCUCGCCAGCGAACACAUGUGUAAACAAGAACCAGCGGAUUCGCCGCCGCCGGAAACCGAUAAUGCAUCCGAUAGUGAUUCACAAGCCGGUGGACAACUCACCUCUGGUGGUAAUCCCGGCAUGGAAAUGAAACAGGAAUUACCACCAUGGUUGCCGGAUUUACCCGGAAGUAAAGAUUGGAUGAAUCCUGGGUUGUUAGGGUUUCCAGGUGCGGCUAAUUCAUUGUUCAUGGGAUUACCACCAUUUGCUGCCCAGCCAGAUGCGAUGCCACCACGCCAACCAAUUCGGAUCUUCAACCCGGAUGCGUAUUGCGAGUUGUGCAACAAGGAGUUCUGCAACAAGUAUUUCCUGAAGACGCAUAAAGCCAACAAACACGGGAUCUACACUGACCCACCUCCGGAUUCCAAUAACCCAACUAGCAGUUCCAACAGUUCAAUUCCUUCCGUCAAUAUCCCCUCCUAUGUGAACCAUAUGAAGAUGCCACCUGGGUUGCCUACCAGCCUAGACCUGGCUGUUAAAAUGGAGAAAAGCUACGACAUGUUUACCGGCCCUUUUGGCAAGAUGUUUGGCAAGACCAAACCAUUCGAGACCUCAGAACAAGAACUACCAUCAACCGACAGCGGUACUAUACCUACGAAUGCGGAUGCUGAUAACCAACAGGAUGAAUCGACGAGUCCGCGCAUUAUCCAAAACGAAACUACCUCAAACACCUCGCUGAAGAGCGAAUAUGAUCGCGAACCACGCACCUCUGAGCAGGAACCGUUUUAUACCUCGCCCGUUAAGCUAUCGCCUGGUCAACAACCAUCGACCGGUGCCCAACCACAAAUACCACGAGAAUCUUUCCAAGAUCUCUCCGCCCGACUUAGACGUAUUGGCGUAAUGAACCCGAAAGCAUUUUGUGAGAUCUGUUGUAAAGAAUACUGCAACAAGUAUUUCUUGCGUACACACAAAAUGAAACGCCAUGGGAUCUUCAUACCAGAUGAUCGAGACCAAGUGAAAUCAGAAGGUACUAAUCCAUACACACAGACAAGUCCAUUGAAUCUCAUCAUGGGGGAACAAAGCUCCAAUAGUUCAGAUCGUAAAACAUCUUCACCGUCAGACAUCAGUUGUGAGACCUGUGGAAUCAAGUUCCAGAACGCUAGUUUGUUUCAACUGCAUAAUGUUAGUGUGCAUUCAAAGUUACCUGAUCCACCACAACUGUUUUUAAACACUAAUAACGAAACAAAAAAGAUUUCUGAAGAAAAACCUGCAAAUUCAGCUGCUUCGUCUUCAGCUGAUAGUAUUUCUGAGGAUUUACAAAAACUACAGACUAUGAUUCUGCAACUGAAUGAUUUAGAUGUUUCGAAAGUUGCUAGCACUUGUAGCACUUGCGCCACCUGUGGGAAAGACUUCGAAAACAGAUACUAUCUUCACGCUCACAUGAUGACUGAGCACGGUCUUCUUUUAGAUGAUCCCAGUGAGAAUGAGAAGACUCCUGAAGCAGAUGCCAACUCUAACCUCAAUUCUAACCUUAACAACAACACCAUGUGUGAUUUAUGUGGGAAAGACUUCCCGAAUUUCGAAGAUAUGAAGAAACAUCUCUACGAAGCACAUAAAACCAGUCAGGUGCCACUUACAGAAGUCAAAGAGGAAUACAAUGGGUUUACUACACCGGAAAAAACACCAAGGUCUGGUUUGAAUACACCAAGUGGACUACCAUCAACUCCAGGUGGACCAGAACGUAGGAGUUCCAUGAAUCUCACUCCUACCAGCAGUUAUUGUGAGAUUUGCAACAAGGAGUUGUGUAAUAAGUAUUUCAUGAAGACCCACAUGCAACGCAUGCAUGGUAUUGAAAUAGAAAAUGGCGCACAGAUUGGUGGCGUCAUCUGUGACAUCUGUAAUAAAGAACUGUGCAGUAAAUAUUUUCUACGUGUGCAUAAACAUAACACGCAUGGGAUUGUUGAGUAUGGUUCUAAUUUGAUGCAACCGAAGAGGUUUGAAGAUGCUGGGGCUACACCACCAGCCACAAUGGCCCCGCCAUCUUCUAACAUAGAAGAUCCUUCGUUGAAACCUACUGAUUUGGCUGAUUUAAGUCAUCGUUACUUUUCUCACUUUAAUGAAGUUUGUCCAUUGUGUAACAGAAGAUUCAGAAGCACAAAAUGGUUGAAAGCGCAUUUACUCAGUGACCAUGGUCAGGUGGGUGCUGAAAAGUGGGCUGAACUUGAACAACAACUACAACAAUCCAUUGGACAACAGAAAAGUUCAAGUAAAAGUAACGAAAGAGUCAGUCCUACAAUAAAAAUACCCAACAAUCAAAACGCUGAGGUUUUGAUUCAACAACAACAACAAGCAAAGAUGCAGAAUGUCUUGUCUUCAAUUUUUGGCGCAGACGCAGACACCGGCAAGACUUAUCACUGUUCAUAUUGUCCGUUUACAACACCCGUGCUGCCGUUCCUCUUCGUGCAUGAACGCUCGCACGCCCAGAAUGCAGACAACCCAACAAGCACCAACCUUGAAGCAGGCGUGUUGAAAUGUCCAGUGUGCAUGCAGUCGUUCGCCCAGCCGGAGCAACUGCAACAUCAUGUGUUUACACAGCAUCCGUUCCUACCACUGCCGCCGUUCUUCAAUGGUUUUAAUGGAAGCAACGAUAUUCAAUCAGUGGGUGAUGCCUCCAAGGAACCAUCCGAGUGUGCGGAUGACGCCGAGGACACGCCGAGUAAAACAAGUAAGAAAGUAUCUGUUAAGCGUAAACUGCCUGAGCAAGGCAACGAACAGUCUAUUGACGCGGCGAAUGCGAAAGAUCUCAAAGAGAUGGCGCGUAAGUCACAGCUACCUGCCACAUACGCGUUACCGCAGCACGACGAUGAAAACGCUACCGCGUCUGCGUGUCAAUACGUUAUGCAGCCAUUUUUACUCGAAGAGACGACGAAUGUGCUCGCUGUGCCGUCUAUUGUGUAUCUACCGGUGUCGAGUAAACUAUCGUCGCCGAUUACAGCGACGUUCACUCUCACACCAGCUUAAUAAGCGCGCGUCUAGUCAGAGCGUAAAAAAGUCAAGAACAUAUUUUUUUAAGAGAACAUUGAGAACACUAAACGGGGGAAAAUUAAAAAUUAAAAAAAAACGGCGAUAGCUACACCUGUGAUUAUUAUUUUAAUUUAAACUUUAUUAAAUUAAUAUAAAUCUAAUUAAUAUAAGCGUAUUCCUAUAUUUGCAAAAGAAGAUAAACAAAACGCGGACGACGAACAAAAAAAAAAUACCCAUAUGAGCACAUAUUUUUAUGCAAAUACCGGAAAGACUGAGUGAAAUUUUAUAUAGUCUGUUGAUUUUCACUUAAACGAUGAUGAAAACAUUAAAAACUAAAAACGCAAAAACGAGUUUUGUAAUUGACGAUUCGAACUAUAAAAAAAAACAAAGCACUGGCGUGUGUUGAAAGAUAAAAAAAUUCUGAUGAGAAUAAGUAAAUGAAGAAAAAUGAAAAACGAAGCUUUAGGUGAUGUUUAUGAAGUUCCUAUUUUAUCUCUCGAAUAUAAAGCAAAAAAAAGUAAAGAAUUAAACAAAAUACACACGCAUAUAAUUAUUGAGUUGUUAGAUGUAGCUUGCUCAAGAGUCAGUUAACGUUCCGCAUACGUAGAAUUAGAAUAUUUAUCUUACAUGAAGAAGUUUAAAAAAUGGAAAAAAUCGCGCCCAUCCAACGCAAAAUAACUCAGGGUUUUUUAAACUGAAACGAGUACAAUCAGACUUUCUUCAGCGGUACAAAUACCGUUUUCCUGUCUCGAGUUCCUGAUUAGAUUUAAUAGGAUAUAUCACAAAAUGCAAAACUAACCUCAAAAAAUCAAAAACCAACAAAAAUUACGGGAUAUAUUGGCGUAGCUGGUGAGUUAAAAGUCAAAAAAUUGGUUGCUAAUCAUUUUUUCAUUCAGCAACUCGGUUCGGGUCCAAAAUAAUCAAAAAUGGAAUCAAGCGAAGCAUUCCCGACCGUCUUCCAAAACACAUAACCACAAAAUACAAUAGCCUAACCUAAAAUAAAUGGCAAUGAGUUUAUUUCUAUGUUGUAUAGUACAAAGAAACAUAACAUAACCUAAACAUUAAACAAAAAAAAACGACUACCUUUUUGCUAAUUACUAGUUAUAUGACUACGCUGUGUGCCUUCAGUAAUUGCAAAUGACCUGCUAUUGAAUUACUUAACUUAAAAGUAAAAGUGAAAUCAAGCGAAAUCCAGGUGCUGAACACAAAAUCAACGCAGAAUAUGUUUCGAAUACACCGCAUUUUUUGCAUCUCUGAUUCUGCAUCGAUUUAUUGUAAUUCGAUGCGAUUCGAUUCGAUUCGGGAUUGAUUUAUUCAUGCGUGCCCGUCGUGGUCAUUCGCCACCCACCCUUCAGCCGUGCGCGCACAAUGACGUUCAUUAUGUUAAACAAGUUAUUUUCAUAAAAUGCAAAUUUCGGCUCGUGCCGCGCUUCCCUUGAUUCUUUUUUUUCUUUCUAUGUGUGAGUGUCCACACAUAUUACACAAUGCGAUUCUUUCCCUUUUUACGUAAAAUGCGCUAGCGCCCAGCUGGCGCACCCUAAAUUUUUACCCUAAAAAUAAUUUUUCAACACAAAAAAAAAGAUCUGCAUCUGUUCGCUGUGUGCAUUAUACAACAAGCCAAAUGAAUCUCAGGUUUAAAUCUUCCAUAAAUAAUAAAAUGCUAUGCAAAUCCGAAUCGAAUCGAAUCGUAGCUAUUUUUAACUUAACCUCAAAUUGAAACACGAUCACAAAAGCAUAAAAUAAAUGAAUAUUGGAAAGAAUCAGAGCGGGUCAGGUCCUGAAUAGUCCUGAACACUCAUUUUAAACUAUUAUAUACACGAAGCAGUGUGUCGAGUGUUCAAAACUUUAAAAGAACAAAAAACAAACAAAAACAAACAAAACUAGUGUGUAAAGGAGCGAAAAAUCAAAAAACACCCCGGAUUAAGUGCGUGUGUGUGGAGAGGCGAGUCGCGCCGCCGCCGUGCGCCGCCGCGGGCCGUCCGUCCUGUUAAAUAUGUAAGUUGUUCGUAGAAUUAUAAAAUGUUCCAGGACGCCCGUGCGCCGCCGCCGCCGGCACGCCGACGACUUCUGGCCUUCUUCAUCGCGCGCCCGGGGGCAAAACUUUUUUACGUUAUAGAAUCGGUAUUAACAUUUUAACAAAUGAUAAACUAUAAAGAAACUAAAACUUAAAAAAAUGAAAAAUAUUUAAACUGUUAUAAGAGGACAAAUAUUCGAAUAUACAAAUAGUCGAACGGAACGUACGGGUUUCAUAUUAAUUAAAAUACACUUAUUUAAACAUUUUAAAAUCAAAACAAAACAACAAUAACAAUUAAUAACAACAAAAAUAAGAAAAUAAAAAGCGUUGACUGUUAGAUUUUGUAUUUAAGUUUUUCUUGUAUGAAUAACUUGAGGCAUUUAUUAUUUACAUCGAUUAUAUGUAUAUGUAUACAUAAGGGUUGCGAGGGGGUGGUGGUAGAAAAAAUAUUUAAGCUGGAAUUUUCGUGCGACGUCAAAGUCGAGACGAAAAGAAUUUAUAUUGAAAUAUGAAAAUCGUGCGCUUAAUAUUCGAGCAUAGUCGACAUGCAAAGGGGGUUGCCAACCCCCACCCCUGAAAUAUAAAUUUAUAUUAAGCGUAAAAAUAAAUUUUAAAACCAUUUUUUCUCAUUUUUAGCAGAAAAAAACACAAAAAUAAAUAAAAUAUGUGUAUAUGUGUACAGUGGGUUGUAUACUUUUACAAUGAAAUAGAUUGUGAAGAUAGCAUGGCGACCAUCGGUCAAUUUUCGUUUAUUUGCUGAAUUGAGGGGUUGCGCACCCUUCGAAUAUUAAAAACGCAUAGAAUACACAUACACACAUCCACAGAAGUUCGAAUAUUGUUGAUUAAUGAAAUCUAACCUAAAUUAAUACAAGCGCUAUUAAAAUGGCGUAGUUUUGGUUAUUUUUUUGUUUUGCUGCUUUUUCCUGCGUCGCAGAUGUGAUAUAAUUAGUCGGAAUGAAAAUGAAAUACGAAAUGCGAGUCAGAAGGGGAUGUGGAAGUGAAGAUGGCGUCUGUGCGGAGGCAGGAAGAGCGGUUAUUACACGCGGCGUUGCCGCCCCGCGAUAUGAGAUAUGUCCCCGUGCGACGGUGGCGUUUAUUAUAUUAUCGUCAUUAUUUUAUAUAUCAGGAAAAACGCCUGCACGGCCGCCACCCAACAUACUCACACAUAGACAUAUGAAACAACACAUAUGUAUAUUGUGUCUGUGUGUGAGUGUAAAACAAUCGUAAUGAAGGGAAUGUUUCUACGUUUUGGUGCGUCGGCGUUGGCGUCGGCGUCGCUAGGAGGGAGUCUUAGCAAAUUUCACCCCCUCAUAUAAGGUUAUGUGUGUUGGUGUGUGUGUGUGAGUGGUCAUCGGCUCUCCCUUCGUUGUCGUCGGCGACGCGCGCGCGAGCUUGAUAAAAGAAAAUGGGAUAAACCUAUAUUUUUCCAAAUCCACAUUUCAGUGAAUUUACGACGCGAGUACGUGGACGCGCGCGGGGGUGCACGCGGAGGCGGUGGGGGCGGUCUGCGCGACGCGACAUUCCCUUCGCUGACGCGCUGCUUCUCCCCGGGAAAAACUUAAUGAAAUAGGCCGGCUUUCCAAUUAUGAAAUCGAACGUUCUAUUUUAUAUCGCGGCGGCGGAGCGCGCGCAGCGCCCUCACACUGAGUAUAUACGACAUGUCCGCAUUAUGUUUCCGUGUGAGGCGGCUGGCAAAAAAAAAAGUUCGCACACCGGAGUUUGCAGUUUUCUUAUACGGACACAGACAGAGAUGAAAAAUGCGUUUUUAUUGAGUUUUUUUUUUCUCCGCCGGCUUCUUUUUCCAUGCCACACUGUUUGUAUGUUAUGUAUGUGUUGAAUUUGUGCGCGCGUUGUUCAUUUUUAUUGUCGGCGCGGGUUUUAUUAUCGUUUUGGAAGCGGUGCGUAACGUAAUUAAAAUUAAUAUCAAUAAGUUGGGGCGCUGUCCUUGCCACGCGCUUAGAAAUUUCGAUUCAGCUGGAUAAAUAUCGAAAAACGGGUAAAAAAAUAAAAAUUUUGGAGAAAAAAAAUCAUAAAAACUAGAUACAAAUCUACAAACAUCCAAUAAAAGGGAAUUUUAUCCAUCAUUUGAUCAAUUUAGGCAGGGGAUUACCGAAAAUCCAAAAUUGUGCAAAAUGUUAUUCUUUAAUUCUCUUUGAACAGCGUGACGAAUUCGCACCCGCAGGCAGCUGUUGCGUAAUUAUGACAAGAAAGGGUGAGAUUUGUGCAAAAAGGGGACUUUUUCAACCCAAAAACUCUAAACUGAAAAGGGGUACGCCGUACAUACGCGACAAACAUCUUUUCAUCAUAUAUAAUAUAAUACUAACCGAAGGGCACUGUCACUGUCACUGUCAAUGACACACACACACACCGAAGGGCGGCGGGGCAUCGCGGCACCUUUUCCACAUUUCUGAAAAGAGCCUAAAUAACGUGCGCACGCGACCUCACCCCAUCGCAUCUCGCAUCGCACAAUCCGCAGAUUAUUGAUUUCAUCGGUUUUCAUUUCUUUCACCGUUUCACCCCCGGCUUCUUACAAUUUUUCCGCUUUCGAUAUUUUUCUCUGUCUUUACAGCGUUGCCAACAUCUCAAACCACCUGCAUUCAAAUUAAAUUAGAGAAUAUUUCAAUUUCCAGCAAAAUUUUGCACAGGGGAUGAUUAUAAUAGAACACGUGCCCCUUUUACGCUUAAAUUCAGGGGUGAAAUUCUCGCAGUGAGCAAAUAAAUAAACAGACGCACAUUCUGGGGGCAAAAACACAAAAACGGGGUAAAUCCACAACUGUCGAGAUUAAAUUCCCUUCCGAUGACAGAAUAUUCACAUAAAUAACGAUUACCAUUGCGUAUGCUCGAAUAUUAAGCACCACCUAACCUCAAACCUUUAAAAAAAAUUCAUUGAAUUUAAUUUAACUAAGGAUAACUCUAAGAAUCUCGCAAGAAUCUAUCACUAUUAGUUAAAGAACAAAAAACGAUUUUAUAUACCUAUAAAUAUAACAAAAAUGAAAUGAAAACAACAUGGCUACGCACGCGUAUUCAUUUGUUCCAGGCGUUGUGACGCCGGCGGCCAUCUUGUGAUGGCAGUGUUCCUGCCGCUGCGCAGGCAACACACACACACUAUUAAAAACAUAAGAACGUAAUGAAGAUGAUGAAGAAGAUGAAAAAACAACUACCUAAAAACUAACUAUUACUAUUACUAUAUUUAACGUUUAAGAAUCGGAGGCACAAAAUCAAAAUUAGUCUGUAAGGGAUGUUUAGUAUAUACAUACAUUAUAUAAACAAAUUAAGAGAGGAUAAAAAUGAAGAUAAAAAUAUAUGACACAUAAGUUAUAUAUAGUGACAUGUUUUGUAGAGAAUUUCACAUGAGAUUAUAUCUAUUUACAUUGGAGACUCAGAUAUAUAAAUAAAUUAAAAAUGACGAUGAUGAAAAAAGCGAAAAGGAAAUGAGAGGAGAAAGACGAAAGAAGUAAAAUUAUACAUACAUUUUAAAUACAAUGAUAAAAUAUAACUAUUUUCAUAUUAUUCAAUAUGCGUUUGUAAGCGUUAGGGAGAACAAAAAAAUGGCGACACGUCAUUUUUUGCCGGUGGCGCCAUCCGACGAGAGUUUACAACUACUACAACAACAACAAAAAAACGAGUUAUUUCGCAAAACAAACAAGUAUAGUAAGUGUUUUUGAGCUUUACGUUUCUGUCUAUGUGUUGUUGUAUACUUACGUGUAAGUUGUAUCAAUCUAUCUCGAACUGCCAUUAGUAAAACAACAAAAAACAACAAAAUAACAACAAAUCAGGUUCAAAACUAAAACUUCCUCUUUUAUAUACAGAUGCAAAGCAAAUUGUUGAAAACUUUUAUAAGAAACAGUGUUACCUCUCCGAGCGGGUUUAGAUAUCGGCACAAUUAGUUAAUUUUUUAGAGGAUUUGUCAUAACCUCAAAAUCCUACCGUGUUAUCAGGCGUCGUGGGAUUCCAGUUCAAAGCAAACUACCUCCAAAGAUACAAAGAAAAUAAAAUACAACACAUCAUGUAUUGACUAAUUUGUUAUAUCGACUAUAUAUUGAUUAAAAAUGACUAUAAUAUUACAAAAACAAAUUAUUAUUAUAACGAGGAGAUGUGGCUGUAUGUAAUAGGGCGUUAUUAAUGUUUAUACAAGAGAACAAACCAACCGGAACAAAAAUCCUAGCUAAUUUUGCUUCUAUCUAAAUUUCACGUUAACAUAACCUCAAAUCACAACUAUCAUAUUAUCAUGUUACAGUUUAGAUACAUUUAUUUUUAAUUUUGUGAUUGCAUCAAGAAAAAUAACACACUUCUAGUCGUUCCUAGUCUAAUUUAUAAUAUAUUUUUGUUUAACAGUGUAUAAAUAAUAAAAAUGAAUAUUGUACAAGGGUGAUACUUAUUUGUUUUUGUGCUGGUGAUGCAAUCACAUUGUUUAUACAUGAUUUUACGCUAAUUAAAAUGUAAUACAAGCAGAUUUGAGCAGAUUUUUACAUUUUCAUAUUCCGACAUUUGACAUGUGAGUACGAGUAUUAUAAAUUUAACUAAAUCCGUAAACGUAAAGGCAGUAAUGGUUAAUAACUGAAAAGUGAAGAUCACACCACACGAUGGAUGGAAAACAAAAUUGUAUUGUAUUUGCUAAGCAUACUACGAUUUAGUGGCAAAUAAUUAUGUAUUAUUAUAUUAGUCAUGUAAGAAAAAUAAAUAAAACAUUAAAAUUA